AUGAGAACGUCACUGAAAGAAAACGAGGAUAGAGCAAAAGAGAAAAAGGGGGUUAAUGUUAUGAGACAAUUUCAUGAUGUAGAUGAUGGUCAAGCUUCUCAUCAAGGUUCUGUGCCUCUGAGUCGGAAAAGAAAGGGUACUACCGAUAUAAACUCAUACUUUAAAAGGGGUUUAGAAGAUCAGGUGCAACCUACCAUAAAGUCAUGUCUGCAAAGCAAGGAAAAGAUUCAUGAUGCUGAUAUGGCAGUUGCUUUGUUUUUCUAUGACGUGUGUAUGCCCAUGAAUGCAGUGAAUUCUACGUUUUAUCAGCAAAAUUACAAGCAUGGGUCAUGGAGUACAUGGGCUGAUACUGGUUGUACUUUGAUGGCUGAUGGAUGGAAAGAUACAAGGAGAAUUUUGUGUAACCUAUUUGCUGACGUUGUGGAGAUUAUUGGCCCCCAAAAUGUGGUUCAUAUGGUGACAGAUAGUGCACAUAACUACAAAGCUGCUGCUGCUAAGCUUGUGGAGAAGCUAACCAGUUCUGCAUCAAAUAUAACUGUGUUUGCGUAUAACCAUAAGCAUAUCUUGAAUUGGUUAAGAAACAGACCAGGGUGGAGAGAGAUAAUUCGUCCUGCAGACACUCGUUUUGCUACAAAUUUCAUAGCUUUGCAGAGUUUGUACGCUCAUAAGGAUGAUUUGCAGAGUAUGGUGGUUGAUGAGGAGUUCAGAAAAAUAUCGAGAUCAGAGAAAGCAAAGCGUAUUAUGUCUCCUUUGAUCCGUUUGCUGCGUAUUUGUGAUUCUGAUGAGAAACCAUCUUUGCCUUAUGUAUAUGAAGGGAUGUAUAGGGCACGGUGGGAUAAGAUGUUACGUCGUGAUAUUUACGCUGCCGCUUACUUUUUGAAUCCAGCUUUCUUGUACGAUACAAAGAACUUUAGUGACAAGCCUGAGAUUACAAGUGGAAUGCUAAAUUUGAUUGAAAAGCAGAAUGGUGGUUUAAGUGAAACAAAACUAGUAGCUACUAUUGGCCGCUAUAGAGAUCGAGAAGGAAGUUUUUCUCGGGAGAUGGCACUUACUUGUAGCAAAACUACUCGACUAGAUGAAUGGUGGAAAUUGUUUGGCUGUGAUAUUCCUGAUUUGCAAAAGCUCGCAGUUCGAAUUCUUAGUCAAACAGCGUCUUCAUCUGGAUGUGAGAGGAACUGGAGUGUGUUUGAACGCAUUCACACCAAAAAGAGAAAUAGGCUGGAGCAUCAAAGGCGCAAUGAUCUUGUCUAUGUUCAUUAUAAUUUACGUCUACAAAACAGAUCAAAGAGAAGUAGAUCAUAUGAUCCAGUUGAUUACGAGUCUAUCGAUAAAACUGAGUUUUGGAUUGUGGAAGAAGAAGACGAAUGGGAGCUUGAUUAUUCAGAGUUAGAAGAUAAUCUUUUUGAAGAAUAUCCUAAAGAUGGUAAUGAAGAUUUGGACAAGGAAGAUUGA